AUUGCAAUGGAGACUUCACAGAGGACAAGAUCAGUUAGGCCAACGUUUCCUCCAGUUUUCUUCAAAAGCUACAACAUAUCCGGACAAGGUGGAGAUGGAUUUAAUCGAUGGGUUUUACUGUGCUUGGGACUCUUGAAUGCUGUGCUGCUGAUAGUCGCUGUUGUUUUUGCGAUUAAGUGUGCCAAAGUCAAAGAGGACUCCUUGCACAUUUCCAACCCAGCUGUAACACAGCUCUUCAAUGAGCUUGACUAUCUCCGAGGCAACCACAGCGAUGUGAUCGAAGCUGAAGAGGAGGCCAAGAAGGCGUUAGAGAGCGCGAUCAACAACCACAAAGAAGUAAAGGUGAAAAUUGAGCAGCUGAAGACCGUCAAUGAUGGUUAUGAGAAACAGAUGCAAGCACUGCAAGUGGAGAAGACAAACCUAAAGUCCAACAUAUCAGUUUUAGAGAACUCUUGUGAUAAAUGCGCUCCUGGAUGGGCUCUUUUCAACUCGUCCUGCUAUUUCUUCUCUUCCACCGAGUCCUCUGCUGUCAAAAGGAACUGGCAUGAGAGCAGAGUGGACUGUGUUAGUCGUGGCUCUGACCUUGUUGUGAUUGAUAACCAACAGGAGCAGGCAUUCGUGAGUAACACCAUCAAACUUCUAAAAAACAAUCCUCAUCAGUGGGUGAAUGGAUUCUGGGUUGGUCUUACUGACAUAGCGACAGUGGGGACAUGGGUGUGGCUUAAUAAUGUCACAGAGGUGGAACAAAGGUACUGGAUGGAUGGAGAACCAAAUGUUGAGGAGGAAAAUUGUGUGAUUAUCAUUUACUCCUCCUCUAAUCCCUGGAAGACCCGCUAUGAUGGAAACUGCAAUGGGCAUAACUUAGACUGGAUAUGUGAAGUACCAUCAAGAUAGUCACUCCAGAAACCUGGAAUGAUUCAUAUGUUUUAUGUUUGGGGCAUUUUUAAACUUGUAUCAUUCAAACUGUAUUAAAGUCAAUGAAAAGUGUAUUACAGUGCAGUAAACAAUAUUAAAAUGUUUUGGAAAUUUCUAUAUCUUA